ACAAAAAAAGCACCCCCAUCUCACACCAUGGAUCAUACAAAUUCAUACAAGGAGAAAUUAAUUCCUUUUUUGUUUUACAAAUUUAUAGUUUAGUUUUAAAAAAACAUGUAUAUUGUUACAUUUCGAGUGUUUUGUUUUUAAUACAACAAUAGAUCGAAUAAUUUCAGUGUUCACAAAAUUAUUGAAAAUACUCAAAUAUUGCGCCUUUUGAAAGAAAGAGCGAGAAACAAUCAUUUUAGAAAAGGAUCACUGAAGAUACUACGAUUCUCCUCUCUGCUUUCCCCUUUCUGAUAAAUUAUACAGUAGCUAAGUUUUACGAUACGUUCAUGUAUUCUUAGGUCCAUGGACUUAAACGAAGACACAAGGCUACCAACAAAUUCGGUGUGUUUCUUAAUCACGAGAGAUACAUAUUUCCUAAGGAGGCAAAGAGAUCGUAGUCAGAUUCGACAUACGCGUGCUUUGCUAUAAGAAACUACAGGAAUUCUACCAAGCACUCGUAGAAAUUACAAUUCGCUUCUACUAGUGAUGCUAUUGGAAAAUCAAACGUUGCGAAAUUAAACGAAGUUACGAUUUCUAACCCGGUUUAUGUACGGUAAUUGCUAUUGAACUAGAAAUUAAAAAGAGUCGAAAAUUAAUUUUUGCAUUUUAAUGUUUCAUUCUCUUGUUAUGCAUACUUUCAAUUCAACAGUAUUUAUUCUUCGGUAGUUUUCUUAGGCUGUUAUAUUGCUUUUCGAAGUUCAAGAUUGAGUAUAAAGACUUCGCGCUAACAGCGUGUCAAAUUGUAUAAGGAAAAUUGGAGCGGCGGAGUAUAAAUGAAAGCUCAAAUGCGGCAUCUUCUCAAUUCUUGUGCCAAAGAACAGGAUUCUCUCAUAUUGAAUCUUCGAACAUCACCAGUGGAAAAAGGAAUAAUUUACCUUGUGCCAAAAUGUCUUCAUACAGAUGCACCAUCAGAUAGCUGGUUUGUAUGAUCAUGGAUGUUGAUUGUACAGUUGUUGGUUUGAAACGAUCUAAUAGUGCACCCAUGAUCAACAAAAUUAGUGCAACAAUGUCCGUAACAUCACCUUCUGCUACUGCACCAAGGGACGUACCAUCGAAUUUUAAUAUAUUUUCAAAUUCACCUCGCAUACGACGCUUCAGCACUAGUAGUUCUGGAACUGUUCCUAGAUUAACUCCACGCGUCAGUCAGCUGAGACAAGAAGAAUGUAUCGAUGUGGCUGGUCGUGAAGCAGCACAUGAGAAAGAAAUUCACAGUGCCAUGCAAAUCUCACAGUCUUGGGAGGAUCUCACAAUUGAAGCGGAAGGACUAUCUUUCAAAGAUUCAGAAUCAACUUCGUUACAAUUUAAAAUAGAAUCACGUCCAAUUGCAAAACGAGUGCUUGAUCCACUCAGUAUCAACUUGUCUGUAAAUGGUCAAACUACGUAUUCUUCACCAUCGCCGACAAGAUCUAAUUUUGGUCAGAGACAGUGUUAUUCGCCUGGUGUUCACGCAGUUGCUUGGAAGAAUAAUUUAUCACCUAGUCCUACUAGGAAAGCUUUUGCUACCAGGCGAAGUUUAAGUCCUAUUGCGAUACGGCCAAGUUGUUUAGCUUCAGUUAAAAGAAAGUUUGAAUUGGAUGACUCUGGAAUGGAUCAUCAAUUACAACCACCAACAAAACGUACCUCUGGUUUAUUAACUUCGGCCACGUCUAGAUUGGAUGUGGCAAUAUCUAGUCUCCAUUCAACUAUUAACUCGGCCGGAACUCCAGAAUCUUGUUCCAGUCUCGAUUCCUCUGGGUUUUCUUUUCGACCUGUGGAUAGUCCAUCUCCUGGUCCAACUGUCACUUCGAAUUUUAAUGACGAGCCAUCUUCCUCUUCGUCUUCUUCAUCUUCUUCAACUUCUUCAACUUCUUCAACUUCUUCCUCGUGUUCAUCGUCUUCUUCUUCCUCUUAUUCAGUCACUGUUCCCUCAGAAGGAUUAGGGACUCAGAAUAAAACUUUCGUAGAAAGCCGGAAUGAAAAGAUUGCACGAGAAAAUCACGGAUAAGGGAAUAUGUAUAGGUAAAUGUUUAAAAAAUAACGUGUAUCAUUGCGAUGACGAAUUUAUUUUCUUGUGAAUAGUAAAGAAUGAUCACUAUAGCGGUCGGUUAUAUAAAUUGAUCGUGCUGUAGAGGCGUUCUUCAAGUUUAAUGCCCAACUAUUUUCUGGUCAUUCCUAUUUAUUAAUUUUCGCGUUGUGAAAAUUCUUUAAAUGUAUAUCAGUUGCAUCAUUACUAAAUACAGUCUUGCUGAGCUGUUUAUAAAUAUUACAUUAUCAGAUAAAGAUGAUGCGAUGAAAUACAUGUACAAACAUAUACAUACAUAUAACAUGAACGCAGUUCGAAGACCAAAGCGAGCUAUUUAGGAAAUACGCGUGCUUCCUACCUUUAAGACUGAAUUCUGCGUUUUCUAAUACAUCGAAUCCAAACGUUCUUUUUUCUGUAGAAAGGGUACGUACUUACACGUGACAUUACUUAUUUUAAGGGAGAAAUUAAAAGAACGUCAUAACAAGUACGACCCUUUUCUUCAUUGAAUAACCCCGCCAACUCGUCUUUUGCGCGAUUCCUGUUUUUUUCAAAAUAGGGAAAAAAGCAUAUACACGAUACACGUCGAUUAAUAAAUUCGCGCAUUAAUAGUAUUAUUGAUUCCAUGAAUCUCCAAUCCUGUAUAGUGUGUAAAUAAACUAUCUGUAGUAUGUUCUUUUAUUCUGUGUACACAAUAUUUCUGAAAAUGAAUGAUAUCGUAGGAAACGAAACUGUAAUUUUUGGACGAAUAAAUAUGAAAGAUCGAAUUAAAUACGUAUCUACUUUUUUCUAUUGCUUUUUUCAAAACUAGACAAGCAUUAUAAAUUUAUAUAAUUUUUGUUAUAAAAAUUGUGAUUGAUUUCAUAUAUCUUA